GUUUUGUGUUUUCAUGUUGGUAAAGCUGUACAUCAGACAUCAACACCAACAACGUACACACAACACAAAGUGGAAACAGUUUUUCAAAAAAAAUGGCAAACCUAGAAUGCCCUCUCGGUUUUAAAGUUCUUGGGUUGAAAUUCAAACCUGAAAGUUCAGCUCAACACAUGGUCUUUAUAAAGCAACAUGCAGUACGGGAAAAAUGUCCAGAGAAGCCUUCUGAUCGCACACUCUUCAUGCUCAAUGUGCCCCCAUAUUGUACUGAGAAAUCAUUGAGCUAUGCAUGGCGUGAUUGUGGAGCAGUCCAGUCAGUCUACUUCCACUCUAGACCUAAUGCAGGUAUUCCUCCUGUCAAUGAGUCUCAGUUUUUUCCAAGUGUGGAAGAAGUGAAGGGAUUCAAAGUAGCCUAUGUUGUUUUUGAAAAGACUGAAGGUUUACAAAGAGCCUUAAAAUGGAAUCAAGACCAGCCCCUUACUAUUUCAUCUUCAGAAGCACCUGUUUCCUGCGGUGUGAGAAAGUGGUGUGAGGAAUAUAAUUCUAAAAUACCAAAUGUAAAAGAAAUGCAAGAAGACAUUGACAAGUAUAUGGCAGUGUAUGACAAGAAGGUACUACAGCAAAUAGCCAAGGAUAAAGAAGCAGGAGAGGAAGAUGAAGAUGGCUGGGUGACAGUGACAAAACGGGGUCGUAAUCCUGGCUUUACCCGGUCUGAAAAUUCAAACAAACGGAUACGUGCUCAAGAAGACAAGAAAAGAUCCAAAAAGCAGUUAAUAAAUUUCUAUUCUUUCCAAGUUAGAGAGGCAAAAAUGAAAAAUUUGAUGACUUUGCGACAGAAAUUUGAAGAAGACAAGAAAAGGAUUCAGGUGCUAAAACAAGUCAGAAAAUUUAAACCAUUCUAAAAUUUGUAGAGGCUCAAUAAAUUGUAUACAUAUUUAA